UCGGUUGAUUGUUUACAGCGUCGCCCAUCUAUCCAGGGGAAAGGGGACCCUCGCUGCCUUUAAAUAAACCACCUCCAACGCCCUCCAAAAUGUGCGACGAGGAAGACAGGACCGUGUGGGUGGGCAACCUGGACUCUGAACAAGUGACAGAGGACGUCCUGUUCGAAUUGUUUUUGCAGGCAGGACCAGUGCAGUAUGUCAGGAUAGCUAAGGACAGAGCAACUGGAAUGUACAAAAACUUUGCAUUUGUCAUUUAUCGUGAUCCAGUGUCUGUCCCGUAUGCAAUUGAGUUGAUGAAUGGAAUUCCUCUUUUCAAUCGUAACAUGAAAGUUCAGAAUAGGGGCUUGCAAGAGUUACAACAGAGAGGACUUGCACCUGGACCUGGUGGGAUACACACUCUGGAUCCCAGCUUAUUAAAUAAUAGUCCUCAGGCUCCUCAACAGAAUUACCCAUCAGUGCAAGCACAGAGUUGUGGCCAACAGCAGUCUCUCUUAGGCCCAGGCCCAGGUAUUCCAGCAGCACUACAAGGUCGAGUUCCGCAGCAUAUCAUGGCAUUAGCACAACAGCAGAUAGCUUUGUUGCAGGCACAGCAGCCUUGUCUUUUAUCAGACAGUCCUCUGCUCAAUGCGCCAAGCAUGCGCUCAUCAGAUCGACUUGGCUCUGUGAAUUAUGGCAUGUAUGGUCAGGGACAUCGAGGCCAUAACAUGCAGAAUAACAUGCGAGGGAGUGGAUCAAGAACUAAUGAUUCACCACACAAUCAACAUUGGAACAGAGGACAUCAUUACAAUAAUAGAGACAGAAAUUCUCGAUCCUUAGAUGACCGUCAUAACCGUCAUCAUGAGGACAGAAACAGAUAUGGAAGGUCCCUGGAUGAUCACCAGAGUUUCCGUCAUAAUCAGAGAAGUGGCGGACAGAAAUACAUUGAUAAUGAUGCGAUGAAGAUGCUGAAAGGGCAGCAGAAUAGAGAAGACAGUGUUUCUCAAAAUUCCAACAUGCUUGCUCAGUUACAGCAACAGCAAGGUCGUUUUGACUACAACAGGUUAGGACCAAAGAAUGAUUCUUACACGAGACCAAAUGGACACAGUCAUGAUAGUCAUAGAUCGAGGGAUCAUUAUCACAGCCGGUCUCACGGAAAUGACGACAGGUCUAGCGGUAGGUAUGAUCCAUAUAGAAGUUCCAGACGUUGAUGCCAUUGUGCCUACAAUAUUGUCAAAUGCCAGUUUGGUACUUUUUUUAUGUUUUUGUUUCAGAAGAAUAACCUACUUAUGUACCUGUGUAUAUAAAUUGCUGGAGGUUAUUAGAUGAAUAUUUAUGGCAAAUUUAGUGUUCUCUGGCAUUUUUAUUGAAAGAUUUGAAUAUCACUUUUUAUAUUUGGGUAAAGGUAACAGAACUAAUUUGUUUUGUCAUCCAUGUGGUUUUAAUGGAUACAGUAUUUCCUUUGUGAAGUAUUUAAAUAAUUGAAACUGCAAUAUUUCUAUUGUUUCUUCUCUUUUCAUUUUUGUCUUCAACAUUAUUAUUUUUAGCUGGUGACUUUUCCAUUUACUUAGUCUUAGAUUUAUUGCAUCUUUGUCUUCAGAUAAAGAAAGACUGUGAUUGUGAAUGUGUGUGAAUAUGCAUGUGGGUUUAGAUGCACGUGUGUGUAAGUUGUGUUUAAGGACUGAAUGUGUGUGCACAUCUACACACAAAUGUACAUAUGCUAAUUUUCAUGAGUGCACACAUUUUCUUUCAUAUUCUCCCUCACUUUUUCUUCACUUACACCAACUUUAGAGUAAUAUCCCAUAUCUAGUUGCAUUGUCAUCAACAGGAAUAUGAACUAAAAAAUAUUAUAUAUAUAAAAAAAAGGGUUUUGAUGCUUGGUGUAUGUAGGAUGGGUGGUGAAGAAAGUAUGUGUAUUCUUAUCAUUGUAUAGGCAUGUAAUCCCACCUUUAUUUUAUACUUUUUUUUUCCACUUUUAUUUUUUUAUACAUGAAAUAUUGCUCUGUAAAUGAAUUUGAGAUUUUCAGCUUGCAUAGUUUUCAUGUACAUUCUUUGUUGACGUGUUCAUUAUUUGCAGAAUCCAGUUUGUUACCACUUGUCUGUAGAGAAAUAUAAUGUAUUAACCUCAUUCAAAUUUAGAUUUGUAAUUUUGAAUAAGUACUAGAGUGAAUUAGUUGUGGUUUUGAUGGUAACCUUAUCAAGUGGAGAAUACCUUUGGGUUUCAAAUAUUUGAAUGCAUUAUAUUUACUUUUGGUAUAUGUGAAAGUAAUCCUUGCUGUGCGAGUGAGAGUGAGUGACAGAGAGAGAGAGAGAAUGAAUGAGUGAGUUCAAAAAUUCAAUCAACAAGGCAAUGCAUAUGUCUUCAUCGUUAAAAUUGAAACAGAACAAGACAACAGAGGAAAAACAAUGCCAACAUCACUGAUAUAAUUGAGGAAAAUUUCUGCUUGUUUUGCAGCUUCAUGUUACGACGUUAUUAUUAAUCAUUAUACUUCUUUAUUUGUGUUGCCUCUUUUCUCUUCUGAUUGAUUCUUUUAGCAUUCCUUUCAUUUUGAGGGAAUACUGUGAAAUUCGUGCUAGUGCAAUAAGUAGCAAACUGAAGAACUUGCUGGCAGAUCCUAAACAGUGAAAUAUAGGAAAGUAAAGAAUAAAAAUUUGAAUUAAAAUUUAAAACUAAAUUUUAUAUAUAUAUAUUUUUUUUUUUCUUAUCCAGUUUUUUUUCUUAGAAAUGUAAAAGUAAGUUUGACAGAUGGUUUGACUUGGAAGAUGUUUCAAGAUAGUAAACUUCUUAUCCAUGUUUUAUUUGUUGUAAAUACAGUUUAAGGGACAUUAAACUAUAAACAUAAUUUUUUUUUAUUUUCAUUACUACUCUGUUACUACCAUUAACUUUUGUUUCAUGGGUGUUUUAACGUUUAUUUGUUCUUCCUUUUCUAUGCACUCCUUCAUUGACUGAAUAUACUAAAAGUUUCUAAGCUGAUAUGUUCAGGUAUGAAUAAUGUAUAAAAAAAAAAUCUUGUCACCCCAAAAAAUGCACAUCCAUCUUGGGUAUCCACAAUUUGUCUUUGUUAAUGUCUCCAGAUAUAUUCACAUGGUGUGAAAUGUUCCCCCAUCUGUAUCUCAGCUAAGAAAAGAAAACAAAAACAUAUAAUUGAUUACUUUGCAACUUUACCCAUCUUCCCUAGAAGACAAAUGAGGUUGUGUGUUAGUAGGUGUGAUUCAUUAACCAUUGGGGUCUGUGCCCUCCUACCAACACACGCAGUGACAUCAAAGCUAUUCACAUCACAUAAUGAAUUAAAUUAAGAAUGAGAGAAUGAUUGUACACAGGACUUCAGAGUGGAAUUUGUGUGGCAAACCAGUGUUAAUCCUCACACAAAAGGGCAACAGGGAAGGAAAAAAUCCUCUCAUGGUAGGGAAAGUACUUAGACACCCAAAGGUGACUCGCGCAUUUUCUCCCUUGAGAGGAAAAGUAGAAGCUACUUUCAUACCUUACUUCAAGACAAUUAGAGGAAGAAUAUCCCAUGUUGCUAGACCCCCUCCCUCACCCUUUUCUUCUUGAACUUCCGCACUGUGAAAGGAUUUUCCAACAAACUAAAUUGGGUAGUGGCCAAUUAAGUGGGGUUCUAAGAAAACAUUGGCAGUUUUUCAAUUUGCAUUCACCUUCUUCAAUAUUCCAAAUACAACUUUGGAAAUUGUAAGUAAAUGUUAGAAAAAAAAUAAAGUUUUUUCUUCACUUCAGGUACUUGCAUCUCAUAGUGAUGCCAAACACAAUGGCACUAGUACUGGAGAAAAAGCAGAUUUGUCCAAGAAACUGAUGGUGCAGGAUAUAUCAUAAUGUGGGUUAACACCACUCUGCUGUGCAGUUUCACAUCUUUGAAGUCCUGAACAGAUACAUUAUCUUAAUCUUACUACUUUACCUUGUUAUGUACACAGUUUUGACAACACUGAGGGUAGUAGGAGGGGACACAGUAGGCACUUAAAUUGUAACAAUCUUGCCUGUUGUCUUGUUCUACAUGUCUAUGAGGAAGAUUUUUUUUAUAGCUGAGAUACAGAUAGGAUAUCACUUCAUACCAUGUGAUAAUACCUGGACACUGACAUAAAUAAUAAUACACUUUUCACUUCAGUAGCAAAAAAGUAAGAAUGCAGCUCUAAUAUUUUAUGAUUAGUCACAACACUUAAUGACUGUAUUGCCCUAAAUUACAUUUAACACUUUUCUCAAGCCAAAAUAAGUUCUACCUGUGAGUUAAAUGGCAGAAGGCUAAGAAGUGCUGCUUCAAAGAAACUUUAUUAGGAACUUUUCCUGGAUAAUGUUUCCAUUGACUGUCACCACUAAGAGCUGAUGAUUUUCACAGAAUGUCUAUGAAUUGAUGAAAAUAGAUAAUAAAAUCCAUUCACAUACAUCUAUAUAUAUCUCCAAUAGUCCUAGUGUAAUAAUGUGGUAGUAUUUUGGUAGCAACAAAUUGUUAUGCACAUUUUCCUGUAUCUUGAAACAUAGCUAUAAAAUAGCUGGUCUAUUUCUGAGAAGGAAAACCACAUCACACACACUGCAGACAAUUUGUGGGUGUAUAUACACAAGCACAUGUUGACAGAAUAAAGCAAAGAUAUGAUUUUUUUUUAUUGAUGUUAUCAGUUAAAAAUACAUUUUUCAUUAUACAUGUAUUGCAUACUUUCAGGCAUAAUUACAUUAGCAUGACACAUUUUCACAAAGUAAGAAAUGUAUUCAACCCAACAAGAAUAAGUACCUGAAAAAUUACUGGCAAAUUACUUGUGGGUGAUUUUGUAAGAAAAAAAUAGAUGAUGAUAACAACUUAAUUUACUCAGUCCAACGGUGUGUGCACUCACUAUUGCAACAUACAUAGUACAGUCUCAUCUCAUCUUCAGCUCUCCUGGUCUGGGCUUGGAAGAAUACCGCAUCACGUGUACUACACCUUGGGCAUGGAUGGUCGUCUGUCCGUGGCAGUGUUGGGUCCUUGGUAAAAGAGAACAUUUAGAGUACUUGAGAAUAAAUGGAAAAGGUUUUGUUACUAAAGAAAAAAAAAAAAAAAAAAAAAAA